AUGGAGGUUGGGGCACGUGCCUUGGAUGUGCUGCCCCUUCUACAGGAGAGGGUGGCAGCUCUAACUGGAGGAAGAGAUCGACGUGGAGGUCCCAUUGUUUGGUUCCCUGCAAACUCAAGAAGAGAUCGUGUUGCUCCAGAUGAUUAUAGGCGCCUUAUGCAUUAUUUAAUCAGCAUUCCAAAUGGAUCUGUGAGAACUCAUGGCUUUACUAUUUUGAUUGAUAUGAGAGGUUCUGCAUGGGCUGCAAUAAAGCCAAUAUUAAAAAUUUUACAAGAACACUUUUCUUCAUCCGUCCAUCAGGCACUUGUAGUGAAACCUGACAAUUUUUGGCAGAAACAACGCACAACAAUAGGAUCUCAUAAGUACAAGUUUGAGACAACAAUGAUUAGUUUAGAAGCACUGCCUAAAGUGAUAGAUAGUUCUCAAUUAACACCAGAUUUAGAUGGUACACUACAAUAUGACCAUGCACAAUGGAUAGAUCUUAGAUUGGCAUUGGAAGAUCUAAUGUGGCAAGCUGGUGAAUUACUUGAUCGGUUAGAUGAUUUACAAGAGGAUGUGGCACGUGCUGACUUUGCAGAUGAUGUUACUGGUGCGAGGCGCGCUAUCGACGCUCAUGCUGAUAUUAGUAAACGUCUCGCCAAAGUACCCGUUGAUGAACUUGAGGCUCAAGGUGAGCGUGUCCUUCAACGCCUGGAGGCGGCUGAAGCAGUAUGCUCAGAAGCCAGCGGCAGUGGAGGUGAAUCAGCGUUUCACUGUGGUUCACCGAGCGCAGUACGAUCCCAGCUAUCCGCUGUACGCUCCGCUCACGCGCACGCGCAUAAACUCUGGCAACACAAGAAGAUGCAACUAGACCAAUGCUUUCAAUUGAGACUGUUUGAACAAGACUGUGAAAAGAUGCUGGAAUGGAUUGUUAACCACCGCACGGCCUUUCUCUCUACAUACGUCGAAAUUGGACGCUCUUGUACUGCAGCUAAACGAUUACAAGAAGAGCAUGCCAGGUUUGCUGCAGCAUGUACUGGGGGCGGCAGGCCUAGUGUUGCCAGAGUAACGGCCGCAGCUCGAAGACUAGCUGAUAAGCGACACUAUGCCGAAGCACAGAUAACAUCUCUUGCGCAUCGUCUGGAGCGAGCAUAUAAACAACUGUCAGCCGGUCUUGAAGAGCGUUCGGCAGUACUAUCCUUAUCCGUGGUAUUCCACCAUAAGGCUGAGGCCUAUGCCUCCGCUGUUGGUGGCUGGGGCGCCCAGUGUGCAGUGGCCUUACAAUUGGCUACUGGACAGGGCUCGGCUCCUUGUAACGAUCCAAGAGCGUUGGAACAACAUGCACAGAGGCACAGACAAUUGUAUGAACAUAUGUGUCAGGCGUAUACCGAGGUUCACUCAACGAGUAAGAAGCUGCUGUACCAACUUGACCAUUUAGUUCAAGUUUGUCAUCAGACAGACCCAGCCGAUUUGCAAAAAGACGGCACAGUUAGUUCGGCCGGUAGUAGUGGUGGUGAUCCAGCCGCAGAUUAUAGUUCGGGUGCCAAUCACGUACUAGCUGUGAUACAUCAAAUACUUGGACACCAUCGAGCUUUAGAGGCGAGAUAUCAUCAAGCAAGGCUUAAAUUACAUCAACGACUCGCUUUAUUGCUCUAUAAGGAGGAUUGCAGACAGGUACUCGACUGGUUGACGAAUCAUGGCGAAGUAUUUCUGCAGAAGAAUACUGGAAUAGGACGAAAUCUCCAUAAGGCCAGAGUGUAUCAGAAGUCACACGAACACUUUGAAAAUGUUGCUCAAAACACGUACACGAAUGCGGAGAAACUUCUAUCAGCAGCUGAAGAAUUAGCGCGUUCUGGGGAAUGCGAUCCCGAAGAGGUUCUUGGCGUUGCGCGUGAGUUGGAAGCUCACGUUGCUGCGUUCGCGGCUAGAGUCGAUCGAAGACGAAGACGGCUAGAUCUUGCUGUCUUGCUCUAUACGCAUGAGAAGGAGCUAUUACAAUGGUUGGAAACCCUACGUAGCGGUGGUGGUGUAUGCCCCGCAGAUGAUAGUCCCGAAGCAGCACGACGCGCUUUAGAGCAAUGCGCUCAACAUCGCGGAGCAAGUCUCGACGCCUGCGCAGCUACUAUAGCGCAGGGCGAAGCCUUGCUGCAGGAUUUGAGGUUAGAACUUUACUAG